AUGGCAAGUGCCGAGGCCAUUGUAAGCACUAUUGGCGAAGUUACUUCCAUACGAAAGCUGCGUUCUGGAGAUUUACUUGUUGAGGUAAAUUCUCGUAAACAAGCUCAACAAAUUUUAAAACUAAAGGCGUUAGCAACAAUACAAAUCAAUGUUACUACUCAUCGAACUUUGAAUUCCUCUAAAGGUGUGAUAACCUGCAGAGAAUUACUAAAUGAUACUUUGGAAAAAAUUACUGAUGAGCUUAAACCUAAAGGAGUGACUCAUGUGCGUCGCAUCAAUAUUCGACGAGAUGGACAGCUCCUUCCAACCAAGCAUUUAAUUUUGACGUUCAAUUCUCCCAAGUUACCUGAGACUAUAAAGGCAGGCUAUAUGAAAUUGCCAGUAAAGCCUUUUAUACCGAAUCCUUUGAGGUGCUUUAAUUGCCAGCAUUUUGGCCACUCAAAAGCUAAUUGCCGCGGGACACUUACCUGCGCAUGUUGUGCAGUAGCCGGCCACGAGAGCUCUGAAUGCACAUCUAAUGAAAAAUGUGUGAAUUGCAGGGGUGAGCAUACUUCUUAUUCUCGCUCUUGUCCUAAAUGGAAACUUGAAAAAGAAAUUGUCACUACUAAAGUGAAAAACAAUAUAACAUUUCCUGAAGCUAAACGCCUGGUGCAAGCUCAAACACCCACAGAAGGGAAACGCUAUGCAUCUGUGAUUAAAAAAUCUGUUUCAGUAUCAGGAACACAAACUAAACGUGUUUUAUUGUAA